GAUGAUGAUGAUGAUGAGUCGGAUGAUGAUGACGAUGAUGAUGAUGAUGAUGAUGAUGUUGAUGACGAUGAUGAUGAUGAUUCGCAUGAUGAUUCGGAUGAUGAUGAUGAUGAUGAUGAUGAUGAUGAUGAUGAUGAUGAUGAUGGUUGGUGAUGAUGACGAUGAUGAUGAUGAUGAUGAUGAUGAUGAUGAUGAUGAUGAUGAUGAUGAAUGA